AUGGGCAAACGGAAGCCUAAAGAGCAGCGGACCACGAUGUCCCCAUAUCUGCACAAGACUCCAGGAGAGAAGCGCGCUGAUAGCCAAGAUGGCGGCGGCAGUGUGACCCUUGAAACGCUUCCAGAAUUGCACUCCCCGCCACACUCUCCAGCCUCACUAUAUAGCGAGGACGACCCAGCGAUACAACAUGAAACAGGUCAGUCGGCUGAAAGGGGCACAUCUUACACAAAUGCGGACACGCUAGAUAACUCCCCGGUAACAGCACAGACACUGGCCCACCAACUCUCUCUGCUUAAGGAAGGCCUCUCAGCCACACUCUCUAAAGCUGUAGCGGAUGCAGUAGCCACAGCAAUUAAAGACAUUCAUACCAAAAUUAGAGAGCUGGGAGACCGCACUGACAAACUAGAAUACCUCACUGAUGAAGUAAUACAGAGGCACACCAACCUGGAAGAUGAAAAUAUGGCGCUUAGGGAAGAAAUUUCCCAACUCAAAAACACCUGUGAGGAUCUUGAAAACAGAUCCCGAAGGCAAAAUUUACGUAUCAGAGGGGUACCAGAAGAGUAUAUGGACAAUAAUGUCAUCCCCCGAGGACUACGUAUCAAGGUCUUUCCCUCAUUUGAGAUGACCGAUCUGAGUUUCAAGUCCGAGUGGGAAAAAACAUUACAUCAGUGCUCUUUAAAGCUGGUCCAAUUACUAUCAGACUAUGAAAAGAAAGUCGUUUCUGAGCUUACUAUCCAAAUCAAAGAGAUAGAAGAUAAACUUCAGGCUAUUAAAGAUCAGGAUAUGGUAACUAAACAACUAGUUCGCAUCAACACCGAGAUCGAUCGUUUAGAACAUGAAAUCAUAGAUAAUAAACGUCAGAAAUAUUUAAGGGAUAUUCAUGAUUAUGAUGUUGUGGUGGAAGCCAUGGCUUUCCUGGAGCUGAUCUACCUGACAGCCCUGUAUGUAACAACCUGCAGUUCGAAGGUUCAGACCAAGAAACCUGCCUGCCAUCUGGAGAUCAUUAAAACAUAUGAGGAGUAUGAAUACAUGAAAGAGGGAGAUAUAAUGAUUGCCGGGGUGUUAACUAUAAAUACCCUCAUAGUUCCAAUUAGCUAUCCAAUGGACUUUUAUAACAGUAUGUUGUGUGUUGGUGCUCUUGCAAAGAAUUACAGACAAUUUGUGGAUUUUCUUUUUGCCAUUGAGAACAUUAACAAAGACCCAGUUCUAUUACCCAACCUGACGCUGGGGUACCAUAUAUACGACUCCUGUGGGGACCCCCGGAAGGCUGUGAGGAGCGUAUUACAGAUAUUAUCUGGUACCAGGGAGCCGGUUCCCAAUUACUCCUGUGUGGGAAAGAGAAACAUUGCUGGGUUUAUUGGGGAUCUUUCAUCAGAGACAACUGUGCCCAUAGCCCAGAUUCUCAAUGUGUAUGGCUAUGCACAGAUCAGUUACGGAGCUACAGACCCAUCGCUCAGCGACAGACUCACCUUCCCGUACUUUUUCAGGAUGGUACAAAGUGAUCAUGGUCAUUAUUUGGCUUUAAGCAAGUUACUGAAAUAUUUUAAAUGGACGUGGAUUGGAAUUAUUAGAUUUAAUGAUAAUAGUGGAGAAAAAGAACUUCAACUGCUGAGCAGCUAUCUGUCGGUGGAAGGGAUAUGUGUUGAGUUCACUAUAAAGAUAAGCAAUUAUAUUGAGAAUAUCGCUGUGUAUAAAAUGUAUAGUGAGAUCAUCCAGAAAUCCUCCACCAGUGUCAUUAUACUUUGUGGGACUCCUUCCGUCAAUUUUGUUGGGACAUUCAGAAACUUGACAGACGUGUUCCGUACAAAGACGUUGGUCAUUUCUUCUACUGUAGCAGCUAAUCACAAUAUUAUAGAUUAUCAUCUAGAACUAUUCCACGGCAGUUUGGGAUUUGUGCAACAUGCAAUAUAUUCUCUAGAUAGUCCUCAAAUGAGAUCAUUCAUAGAAAGUCUCCAUCCACUCAGAAACCCAGAAGACAAAUUGCUGGAAGACAUUUGGAUGCAAUACCAUUUAUGUUUGUCAGAAGAUCCAAAUAAAAAUGAUUUGUACGAAAGAGUUUAUGCAUUUAAGCUUCACAACUGUACAGGAAAAGACAAUAUUACAGAUAUUCUCAGGAUCGACAGUAAACUGCAUUUUCCCCAUGUACAUUUUGCCGUUCAUAUUAUGUCUGGGGCACUUCAUAAAAUGCAAAAUACCUCUGAAAAGAGCAAAACUGGGAAUUAUUAUAAGUACAAGCUGCAUCACUAUCUGAAAAACAUUCAAUACAAAACAAUAAAGAAUAAAACCAACAUUUUUAACGAGAAUGGAGAGUUAAUCGGUGAAUACUUGAUAUAUAAUUACAUCAUGGAUCCGGGCGCACAAGUAAUUGUGAAUUAUCUGGGAUUGUUUAAUCCCUGGGCAUCGUCCAAUCAGAAGCUAGAGAUUGUAUCCUCCGAAAUACGCUGGAAAACCAACGACAGCAAGAUCCCAAGAGCUCAGUGCUCAGAUAACUGCCCCCCUGGAUUCAGAAAGGUCCCAAAUCCUGGAGCCCAGACCUGCUGCUAUGACUGUGUCCCAUGUCCAACUGGAGACAUUUCUACCACAACUGACAGUGAAAAAUGCACCCGAUGCCCAGACAUGGAAUGGCCCAAUGAGAACAAGAAUCAAUGUAUCAUCAGAAACGAAGAGUUUCUCUCGUACAAUAAUGAUAUGAUUUCUGUAUUUUUUUCAUCAAUUUCAGUCCUGUUUUUUCUUACAACUCUACUAAUAUUAGGCGUCUUCAUAACAUUCCGGAACUCCCCCAUAGUGAGAGCCAACAACCGGAGCCUGAGCUUCCUCCUCCUUGUCUCCAUCAAGCUGAGCUUCCUCAGUGUGUUUCUGUUCCUCGGUCGCCCUGUGGAUAUAACCUGCAUGCUGCGCAUCAUCACUUUUGGAAUCACCUUCUCCAUAGCUGUCUCUUCUCUCCUGGCCAAGACUAUCAUGGUUUGUGUUGCUUUCAAAGCCACCAAGCCAGGGAGCUCAUGGAGAAAAUGGCUGGGAGUCAAACUGUCCAAUUCUGUAGUCUUGUUCUGCUCAUCCAUUCAAAUAAUCAUCUGCAUGACUUGGUUGGCCAUUUCUCCUCCCUUUCAGGAACUGGACAUUCACACUUCCCCUGGAACCAUCAUCAUUCAGUGCAAUGAGGGCUCAGCUAUUGGCUUUUACUCAGUUAUUGGGUAUAUGGGGCUUCUGGCAGCUGUUAGUUUUGUUUUAGCAUUUUUAGCUCGGAGCUUACCGGACAGUUUUAAUGAGGCCAAGUACAUCACUUUCAGCAUGCUGCUCUUCUGCAGUGUUUGGAUCACAAUGAUCCCGGCCUAUCUGAGCACCAAAGGCAAAAACACUGUGUGUGUGGAGAUAUUUGCCAUACUCACCUCAAGCGCGGGGCUUUUAGCCUCUAUAUUUCUGCCCAAAUGUUACAUUAUUUUAUUAAAAUGUCAAAUGAACACAAAAUCACAUUUACUUGGAAAUAAGAAGUACUAG